CUCCAAGGUCAUCGAGGUUCCGUCAACUGCCUCGCCUGGUCUCCUUUGAGCGACCGCAUUGUGUCAGCUUCGGACGAUUGUUCUCUUCUCGUCUGGAAGGUGCAGGAGAGGAGGGUGCUCGGCUCUCUGCAGAAACACACAGCCCCAGUCCUGUCCUGCCUCUUCUCCUCCUCAGGGCUGUACAUCGUGUCGUCGAGCUUCGACGCCUCGGUUGUUGUCUGGUCAGCAGAUCAGUUUCAAGUGCACUACACCCUCCUGCAGCACCCGGGAGCCGUGUACUGUCUGGCGCUGAGUGAGAGCGAGGAGACGCUUCUUUCCGGAGGCUCGGAUGGACUCUUCAUCAUCUGGGACCUCCGAGGAAUUCUGCCAGAUGCGAUUCAACUGACCGGUCACAAGGCCAUGGUCCUGUCGUGCGCUGUUUCGCCUCUGCAGCCUCAGCUCGUCUCGUCAUCGCUCGAUGGGACGGUCCGCGUGUGGGACGCGAACGUGGGGAGUGAGGCGGGGCGUCUCAAUCGAACCGCCUUCUCAUCAUCGGGCGUCGCCUCGUCCUCCACCCUCGCGCUGGACUUCAGUCCCAACGGGAGGUAUCUCAUAUCGUCCGGGGGCGACAACUUGGUGUGGAUGUGGGACGUGAGGCAAUCAGCACCUGCGCGGCGAUUCACAGGCAGCAGCAGCAGCAUGCUCCAGUGUCUCAUGGUCUCUACAGGGAACGAGGUCCUCGCUGGCUCGACUGAUGGCACGUUCCGGGUGUGG